AUGUCAGAGCCAAAACCUAUCCCUCCACCAAGAUAUCCGGGACUGAUCUUGACUUCAUGUCUGGAAGAUAACCCUGCUCCGCAUACCCUCAAACUCUUGGAGAAGUUAUGUAAAAAUUAUAUCGGCUCUGACGAAGUUUUCUCCGUCACCUACUCUCCCCUCCUCUGUCCAGAAGGGAAGAAUUACCUUUAUACGUUGAAGCCCUAUUGGUGGGAAGUUGAACCAGGUCAUUGGGAUUGCGAGCUUCCUCAGGGUCAGAAUCAACUACAAAAAGCCAGUAUGGCCAUUCACACUCUUGCUCUAGGUUCAAAGUAUCUUCCUUAUCUGGCGGAUCAAUGUUCAAAACAAGCUGAAAAUCUACUCCGAUACUUCUUCAUCAAUCACGAUACUCGUAUGUUACCUGAGAUUCUAUAUGCUCAAUGUAAUCCAUCCUCUUCACCACUUAGAGGAGAUCAAGCUUUCGUCAUUGCCGUAAAAUUAUUGGACGACCUCAAAACCUGGUUUCGAAAUCAUCUAGACUGGAUGGCCACGUCGGAACAAGGAGCUAUGGCACGUGCUUAUGGCAAUAAUAUCACUAUCUGGUAUCACGCUUUAGUCGCUACACAUUUAUCAUUGGUCAAUCCCCCAGAAGCAGCGGUGUACUCUCUCACUGCUCUACAAGAGAUACAUGCUCGUCAUACUACACCUGAAAGUUUCUUUUCUCGUGAAGUGAGUAGAACACGACCGAGGCAUUACACUUUAUUCACUUUAGAACCUGUAUUUUUACUUUCGUCACAAACUGGUAAAAUCCCUCCGGAUAAUGUAUACGGAUACUUGAGAGAUCUGGUGGAGUAUGCUAGACAUGUCAUGGGAAGUCCAAUUGAGAUAGAAGUCGAUGACGAUCCUCGUUAUUUUGCCAAGCUCGAAUGGUUCGAAACCAUGUUGAAACGUUGGAGUGGUCAGUCGAAGAAAACAGAAGAGCCAGAUGGGACACAAUGGGAUGGAGGAUGGAACCAAUUUGCUCGAUUACUAUGGGGAUUCAUCUGA